ACCCUGGGACUGAGAGACAGCAACAGGCAUGUUGGUGACGGUGACUGCAGGGCACCAGGAAGCAGGCAUAGACUCAGCUGCUAAACGGCGCAGAAAGCGGGAGAUCACGCAGCUAAAGAGGAGAUACGACAUGGCAAUGGCCUACCUCCUGGUCCUCAGUGUGUGCCUGGCCAUCCACUCCUGCCUGUCUCAGAGCUCUAGCUCUGGGCAGCUGGAACAUGCCCCGGCCCCUCUGGUUCAAGCAGAUCCAGGAGCCAGGCCACUGGCCUCCAUCCCUGCGGAAGGCCGCUAUGAAGAAGAGGAGGAAACGCACAUCACACAGGAAAAACACUAUGCCCGCCUGGGUAACGACAGCAAGCUGGGCAUCUUCUUAGCUGCCGCCUUGGGAACCUUAACUCUGAUGGCAAUGGUCUAUUGCAUCUACAGCCAGUUCUACAACAAGAACCCGUACUCACACACUCAGCUGCAGGAUGACACAGAGAUGACGCUUGACCUUGCGGAGUGCUCUGCCUCCUUCUUCCCUGGCUAUGCCGUGGCGAUGGAUAGUGAGAAGGGGAUGUGGAGGGCUGGGUACGGCUCCAUCUCCCACGCCCCCUCCAUCAUCGCGCUGCCCACCCCUCAGUCCCAUCUGCUCCCAGCGGUUCCCUUCCCCCCCCUCUCUGUCUCUCACCCUUCCCCCCUGCAGACCAUCUCUGCUCAGGAUUUGGAGAAAAGCUUCAUCUGACACAUGUCAUGCAGACACAUCUUACAGUUAUUAAGCAUCCAGCUAUAUGCAGUAAGACAAACUCCAUAAUAACUUUUGUAACAGUUGAGUGCUAAUUGCUAUAAAUUGUCAUACAGAGUCAAUUGUUGUAUACAUUAUACACACAGUAGUAUUUGCCUGGGUAGAUCUGUGUAAUUGUAUAAAGGGUAUGAACAUGUAACUAAUAAUUGUAAGAGGAUUUCAUCAGAUGAUGCAUGUUUCUGUGUAUCUCACCUUAAACUCUUAGUGCCUCUUCACAAAACCAUCAUUGCUAGUAAUUAAAUCUGUCUGUCAAUAAGUACAACGGAUGCAAUGGCAGAACUUGAUCACAAGGUGGAAGUGUCGGUUGUUCACGUGCCGUUAAGUCUUACUAAGCUGUCAUCACCGUCAACUUAUGCAGUACUUAUUUGUUUUUGUCAAUUAACAACAAUAUGAAUAACAAAAGCAGCAGCAACAACAACAGACUACUAAUACUCGUCAUUAACGUUGUUAUAAACAUAAUCACAAUAUUUAUAGUUUUAAAUUAUAUUUAUAACGCGCACAACUUAAAUAAUCGGAGAAAGUUCAUAUACUGUGUUUGAUACUUAUGUGUUUGAGUGAAUCCAUACAUUGUCCACUUUAUAAUCGCUGGCUCUCACUGGUCGUUUAUCUAUCUCGUGACACUAGGAGGAGUGGUGGAGGUAUAAAUAAACUGAGUGACAUUUUGAGUUGUGGAAAAGUAGAUCCCAGAACACAUAUAGUAAAGUCAGCAGUUUUGAUGUGACAAGAACUGACAAGUAGAACAUCUCUAUUGUUAUACAAUACUUUGCCGUGCAGUCUGUCAGUACGUCUGUGAUCUGUUCCCGGUAGCAGUGACAGUGCCAUUAACUGUUGAUACAGAGAGAGAUCAAUUUGGUGAAAGCCUCUAAUAGUAACAUUACAUAUGCUCAUGUAUAUGUACAUGUACAGACAAAUCCCAGUUGUCUUAAGGCAUUAAAAUGUAACAUUUUCAGAACAUAUUUAGCGUAAGAAGUACUUUUGAAGAAGAAUUACACAUUCUUGUUUUGAAUUAUAAUUAUAGGCCUAACGGACGAUCGAUUUGAUAUAACAACGGCCCUUAACCGGAAUAUAUCGGAAUUUGCCAAGGAAAGCAGUAAGACUAAGAGUGAUAACAUUAGUCAAAAAAAAAAUCGAGAUGAUGCAUGGUUUGUUUUUAAAGAAAAAAAGAAUCCCCAAGAGUAUGAAGACAAAUUGUUAGCUAUACGCUAUUUGCUAAGGAUGUGAUGAGAGAUUUCAACGUAUAUUUGUGGGAGGGUGGAAGGGGAGGGAUAGAGAGGCAGAGGUAGCCACAGGAAGCGCACCGGAGCUGGAGCGCGCAUGGGACAGCAGCAUCUCGGUCGGAUCGGGGAGUCUUAAGGAUGGAGAUCCGACCAGACAGGUUAAAGGCUGCUGCGGGAAAGACCCUUGGGAAAAUACACAGGUACUUAUAUCUUACUUAACCAGGAGCAGAUACAACUGGCUGUUAUACUUUAAGUUGUUAUGCUGCCGACUUUAUAUCUCUCAGUGAUUUUGCCUGUAGUUUAAGUUGCAAUAGAUCUAUAUAUUUCCGUUAUUUGUCAAAUCCAAAUUGGUGGUUGCACGCUUAAAGUCAUAAUGUUUCUAGUAACAUGAGAUGACUGGACAAUUCUUCAAGAGUUUUCAGAAUAUAUUGAGUAUGACUGUGGGUAGACUGGUAAUAGUAACUAUUUUUUUGCUGACUUUAUACUGUGAUGAAUAUUAAUUGAUAAAACCAGAGUGCAUUUUUCGUUCCGAUUAGCCUAAUUAUAUUUUGAUUUGAGAAGAUGUCAUUCAGGACAGUAGUGUCAGACAGUAAGUCAGUACUAACUAGAUUAGACACUAUAAAUAUCGAGGGCUUGGAUGGACAGUCAUCACCGAAUUGUUCUUUCGAUCGCAAAGCCUGGCUUAUUUCCGUUUUAAACUUGUUUUGCAAAACGGUCGAUUUAAUAUGCAUGAAUGAAAAGUACAAGUUGUUAAUUUCAAUAAAUAUUAACUGCUGAAUUAUCCCAA